CACCGACCCGACCGUCUGCGCACUCUCAACGUCGGCUUCGGCAUGGGCAUCGUGGAUGAGGAGAUCAUGAAGCACGCACCAGACAGUCAUGUCAUCAUCGAAGCCCACCCCCAGGUAAGCACGCGCACACGCCCACAAUAG